AUGAAGUAAUAUGAAUAAGACAUGAAAUGUUUAUCCACAAGAAGUGCAUACAAAUAAUUAAAUGAAAAUUGGUUUCAUACACCUAAAGCCACUCAUAGAACAUAAACACUUCAAUCUGAUAAUAAGAUUUAAAGUAGAAAUACAUUAGAAACUAAAAUAACUACAUAACAAUAUACAUCAUUCAAAGAAGAAUUCUAAAAAAUAUAAUCAAAAAUAGGUAGUUUUGUAACCACAACAAGUGAAUUCUAAUCUCCUAUGUAAUCAAUCUAUGAACAUUAAGUUUAAGAAUUAAAGACUAUUGAUAUGCAGAAUGAAAAUAUUUCUUUGUAAGUAAGUUUUACUAAAAUCUCUAGUAAGAAAUUUUGACUUUAAAAUAAUAGAUGUAAAUUCAGAAAGACUAAAUUAAACAUAAGGACAUGGUUAUUAAGAAAUUAAAUUUCACUAUCUAAUAAUUAACAUCAUAUAAUUAAUAAUUGAAAUUAUCACUGGGUUCAGAUAAUGAUAUGGAAAAACAAAAAACAUAAAUUAAAAUGUUAGAGAAUGAAUUGAUUGAUAAAAAUAAUUAAAUUUAACAAUUCUCUAAAGUAUUUCCUUUUAAAUUAUAUAGAUUUAAAAUGAAAUCAAAUCUUUAGAAGAUUUUUAUAUUAAGAUGUUAUCAAAAAUGAAAUCUGAUUUAAUAUUUUAAAAUAAGGAAUUAUUAAAAUUACUAAAUCAUGUUUAAUGCAUUAGUUAAAUUGCUAUACUUAGUUUAUAACAUGAAGAAUUACCUAUUGAUCUCUUAUUCAAAUACAAAUAAUAUGGAUUAUUUGAAGAUGAAUAGUAAAUAAAUUAGAAAAUAGAAGUUUUUGAAUUGACCAAAGAAAAUGGAAAUUUAUUAUAGAAAAUAUUGAAUGAUAUCAAAAAAACCUUUGAAUAAAUAUCUUAUCAUCUUGUUGAAGGAUUUUCAUUAUUGACUAAACAUUGA